GACUACACGUAGCUUUUCAUGGCUGUGCAAUGGGACAAAGUAAGAUUGGGGAGGCGUAUGUACGUCACGGAGGUUACAACGAGGUUGGAGAGCUAAAUGACAUCAUCAUACUUUAUCCUCAAGCAAAAGCCUCUACCGUACCAUUCAAUGUUGCCGGUUGCUGGGACUGGUGGGGGUACACUGGAGCAUUAUUUGCAACAAACAGUGGAUUUCAACCAACAGCCAUCAAACGUAUGAUCGACAGAGUUGCUGGCUUGUGAAUACACAAUGUAUAUGUAUAAUUCUGUAAGUGUUGAU